UUUAUAUCGAAGAUAUAGAUACGGCCGGUUGAACUGAAGUCAGGUUGGCCUGCUUUUGUUUUUGCACGCGUUUUUACGUUUUUAUAAAUUCUGCACUCAUGGUGCCAGUCUGGAUCGAUGGCUAAUUUUGGAGAGGGAUGGGAUGUCUUCUGCUCCGUUUUAUUUGUUCUUUUAGCACUUCAUGACGUCAGAAGCUUUUCACCACAGACCAAAAGAAACGUCCUUCUUUUUGUCGGCGACGAUGCAGGCUUUGAGACGCAAGUCUACAACAACACCGUCUGCAAGACACCGCACCUGGAUGCGCUGGCCAAGCGCAGCGUCGUCUUCAAGCACGCUUUCACCUCAGUCAGUAGCUGCUCGCCGAGUCGUUCAGCCAUCUUGACGGGGCUCCCUCAGCACCAGAAUGGCAUGUACGGCCUGGAGAAUUCUGUGCACCACUUCGUGUCGUUUGACGGCGUGCGCAGCCUGCCGGUUAUCCUCAAACAAAGUGGAAUAAGAACAGGUAUUAUCGGCAAGAAGCACGUCGGGCCCGAGUCUGUCUAUCAAUUUGACUACUCAAAGACGGAGCUUGAUGGCUUCCCGAUCAUGCAAGUUGGACGGAACAUCACGCUCAUGAAGCAAUUUGCUCAUGAGUUCUUGAGUAGUACCGAUCCGAGACCAUUUUUACUUUACAUCGGCUUCCACGAUCCGCACCGCUGCGGCCACACGCAACCCCAAUAUGGCCAAUUCUGCGAGAAGUUUGGCAACGGUGAUCCGGGAAUGGGCAAGAUUCCUGAUUGGGUGCCUACAACCUAUGACCCAGGCGAGGUGAUCGUGCCCGGGUUUGUACAGGAUACACCAGCAGCGAGAGGGGACCUGGCCGCGCAAUACACAACAAUAAGCAGGCUUGAUCAAGGUAUUGGCUUGAUCCUGAAGGAGCUUGAACUGGCCGGCUAUACAGAUGACACCUUAGUCCUUUACACAUCGGAUAAUGGCAUCCCCUUCCCUAACGGUCGCACCAACCUGUACGACUCAGGCAUGGCAGAGCCUUUACUGGUUUCCUCCCCGGCCCACACGGAGCGCUGGGGACACGAGAGCAACGCCAUGGCGUCAACUGUUGACCUCACGCCUACCGUUCUAGACUGGUUUGGCAUCCCGUACCCCGACUACACCCUCAACAGGGAAGCGGUGCGGCUGACUGGCCAGUCUCUACUGCCGGUUCUCCAGCGCGAGCCCAGCACAGGCUGGGACACGGUAUACGCCAGCCACAACCUACACGAAGUCACCAUGUACUACCCGAUGCGUGUGGUGCGCAACCGACGCUACAAGCUGAUCCACAACAUGAACAACCUGGCACCGUUCAACAUUGACCAGGAUUUCUACAUCUCAAACACAUUUCAGGAUCUACUGAAUCGAACCAGAUCCGGGCAGCCGACCCACUGGUUCAAAACCUUGAAGGACUACUACUACCGCCCCCAGUGGGAGCUCUUUGAUCACCAGGCGGAUCCCCUGGAAACCACCAACCUAGCUGGGGACAGGAGGUACGCAUCUGUCCUGAGUGACCUCAAGGAGCAGGUGCUUCGGUGGCAGAACGCCACCAACGACCCCUGGAUAUGUGCUCCCUGGGGCGUGCUGGAAAACUCCGGGCUUUACAAAGAGAAGCCCACCUGUAUGCCAAUGGACAAUGGACUAUAAAGGCUGGUUCAUGCUCGGCGCAAAAGCAAACUCAAAUUUGUGACGACACGGGGAAUAUUCACGCUCCGAAUUCGAAAAAGUUGAACAUAUUUCAACUUGAGCGAAUUUCGCAGCGUAUGUUUCAUGACGUCAAAUUCGCCUCGCAUUAGCGUUCGCAUGAAGUAUACCUGGCUUAACUCUUUUUAAUUAACUGUGCAUUGUCUCUGUUGUACUGAAGAUUAUGAACUGGAGUAUGAACAGGCAUAAUAAUUGUAAAGUGCUUUGAGAUUGUUGAUACAAUGGAAAGCGCUAUAUAAGCACUACGGUUAUUAUUAUUUAGCCCGCCACAUAAAGUAAUGGUACCUAUGCAAAAUGUAAAGGUAAUGGCUUGUACGCCUAUUCAAAAAGCAGCAUUACAAUAAAUAUGAAGCAGGUUAUUUAAAAAAAC